AUGUCUUUCCGUGGACGUGGUAACGCUUCUGGGGCCGGUCGGGGAGGUUUCGGCGGUGGCCGUGGUGGCCGCGGAGGCUUCCAGCAGUCAUUCGGCCCCCCAGCCCAGGUUCUGGAGAUGGGUUCCGUGAUGCACUCUUGUGAGGGUGAGAUGGUCUGCGAGUCGAUCAACCCCAAGAUCCCCUACUUCAACGCUCCUAUCUAUCUGGAGAACAAGACUCAAAUCGGCAAGGUCGAUGAGGUCCUCGGCCCUAUCAACCAGGUCUACUUCACCGUCAAGCCCCAAGACGGUAUCGUCGCUACUUCCUUCAAGCCCGGUGACAAGGUCUACAUUGGUGGAGAUAAGCUUCUUCCCCUUGAGAAGUUCCUCCCCAAGCCCAAGCCUCCCCCAGGAGCUGCUAAGCCCAAGCGCGCCGGCGGUGCUCCCCGUGGCCGCGGUGGAUUCGGUGGUGGCCGUGGUGCCCCCCGUGGUCGUGGUGGAUUCGGUGGUGCUCCUCGUGGCCGUGGUGGCUUCGGUGGUGGUCGUGGUGGUGGUUUCGGUGGUAGCGGCGGCUUCUCCCGCGGCGGCGGCGGCGGCGGCGGCGGCUUCUCUCGUGGCCGUGGUGGUCCUCGUGGCGGCGGCGGUUUCCGCGGUCGCGGCUAUUGA